GUGAUCCGAGCGCAGGAGGAGGACAGACUGUUUGGCUUCAGGAUGAGAGGAUCCAGUGCGUUUCCAUGAACCUCAGCUGGAGGAAAAACCCGUGUGGAUUUACAGGCGGAUCAGGGCCAUGGAGAUGAUCCAAAUUCUGCUGGUUCUGCUGCUGUUGGGGUCGGCGGAAGGCAGGAGGGUUCGGGGUCAGCGGACUCAAACGCGGCGGACGGAGUCGCCCGAGAGCUUCCCUCUGGAUUUCACAGCUGUGGAGGGAAACAUGGAGAGCUUUAUGACUCAGGUGAAGAACUUGGCUCAAUCCCUCUAUCCCUGCUCCACUCAGAAACUGGACCAGGAGAUGAAGCUGCAGUUCCUGAGGAACUCGUCGGUCACCUGUAAUGACGGUUCACCUGCGGGUUACUACAUAAAGGAGUCACGAGGCAGCCGGCGAUGGCUGAUGUUCCUGGAGGGUGGCUGGUACUGCUUCAGCAAACACACCUGCGACAGCAGAUACGAGACCAUGAGGCGACUCAUGAGUUCCAGCAAAUGGCCUCCCACCAGGACAGGAACAGGAAUCCUGUCGUCUCAACCUGAGGAGAAUCCACACUGGUGGAACGCAAACACAGUGUUUGUGCCGUACUGCUCCAGUGACGUCUGGAGCGGCUCCACAGCAAAGACAGACCAGAGUAAAACACACACACACACACACACACACACAAGCAUACAUUCACACACAUUUCUAUCAAUCGCAUUCAUUUGUGUGUGUGUAACACGUGUGUUUCUGUGUUCAGAUGAUUAUGCGUUCAUGGGAUCUCAGAUCAUUCAGGAGGUCAUCAAGGAGCUGGUGACUAAAGGACUGGACGGCGCUAAAGUGCUGCUGCUGGCCGGGAGCAGUGCCGGCGGUACCGGUGUCCUGCUGAAUGUGGACCGCGUGUCGGAGCUGCUGAAGGAUCUGGGUCUCGGUUCGGUUCAGGUUCGGGGUCUGGCGGACUCCGGCUGGUUUCUGGAUAAUAAACAGUACCGCUGCACCGACUGCGUCGACACGAUCAGCUGCGCUCCGACAGAGGCCAUCAAGAGAGGAGUGCGGUACUGGAACAGCGUGGUCCCGGAGCGCUGCAGUCGCGCGUAUAACGGCGAGGACUGGAACUGUUUCUUUGGCUAUAAGGUUCAGCCCACACUCAAGAGGCCGGUGUUUGUGGUUCAGUGGUUGUUUGACGAGGCUCAGCUGACGGUUGAUAACGUCCAUCUGACGGGUCAGCCGGUGCAGGAGGGCCAGUGGAGAUACAUCCAGAACCUGGGGAGCGAACUCAGAAACACCCUCAAAAACGUCCCGGCCAUGUUUGCUCCCGCCUGUUUGUCUCAUGAGAUCAUCACAAGAAGUUACUGGAUGGACAUCCACGUCAAAGGCACGUCCCUUCCUCGAGCGCUCCAGUGCUGGGACCGCAGCCUCCGUCACCACGCCAACGGCAGCAGCGUUCAGGCUCCGCCCCGGGGGUGUCCUCUACACUUGAUUGACAGCUGCCCGUGGCCCCACUGCAACCCCACGUGUCCCACAAUCAGAGACCAGCUGACGGGGCAAGAGAUGAGCGUCAUCCAGUUCCUCACGCACCUGGGCUUCGACGUGCAGCGCAUGGCACAGCAGCAGGGCAUGGAGCCCAACAAACUACUGGGCAUGCUCAGUAACGGCACCUGACGCACGCCUGCCUAUUCAGCACACUGCGUUCGCAUCGGCUCCGUCCCAAAUGGAGCAUCUGAUGUGGAUUUAAUGACACGAUCAGUGAGGGCGGCCUUUACUAUAAUGCCACAAAUGAAGAUUCAGCGAAGCUAAAAUGAAUCCCAGAUCUAUACGUACUGACACAACUUUUCCACUGAGGGACAAUAUUUGCCCUCUCAACUGGGGCAUUUUUACCUUUAUAAGGGCUACUUUUAUAACCUCUUUAAAUGUAUGUGUUCACUUUUGUGCAUUUAUGCAUUUAGCAGAUGUUUUGCUAAGCAGUUGUAUGCUAGCAGUACAUGGUUUCGAAUACAGCAACUUGAGUCACUGAAUAAUUCACUCAACAGUUAAAAACGGCUGAUUUGUUCAGGAAUGGAGCAACUGACUGUCUUUAUGAAUGAGUCAUUGAAUCAUUGACUCCACCGAUUCAUUCAAAACGGCUGGUUCAUUCAGGAACGAAGCAUUCAUAGUCUUUUUGAAUG